AUGAUGAUUAAUUAUUACAUGGCUUAUGUACAAUUUUAUAUAAUUGUAUGAAGAUGUACAAACUUUUUGUAACACCAGUUACAAAACGGAUAUUACCGCAUGGUUUUUUGUUUACAUCGAAGCAGCAAGGAAUUGUGCAGCGUUCAAUGCGGUUGUGUUCCUUCUGUAAUUUCUAUCACCGCAAAAUGUUAAAAUUUGUGAAACAUGACCAAUUUUGUACAAGUAGUACAACAGCAAAUAUAUUAGAUCAUUCUCCAAUAAAAAAAAAAGUUAAAAAGAGAACUAAAAAGUAUACUGAACUGUUAACAGUAACAAAUGAAAAAGCUAGUAAUAAAGGGACUAAAGUACAAACAUUACCAGUAUCUGAUGUAUCCAUGUUUGUGGAGCAAUCUGAUAUAAAUAAUGCAUAUGAUAUUAAAGGUCCUAUAAUUAAUGAAAACUUUGAUUCACAAAAUAUAAUGGAGGAUUACCAUGUUUUUUGUGAUAAUGGAAUUAAUUUGAAUAUUUCUUUUAAUUUUAUUAAUUUAUUCUUCAUAAUAUUACCACAAAAAGAGAUGGAAUUACAUAAAAUAUGGAAUAAAUACACUGAACAAAACUAUACUGAAAAUUUGUUAGCAUGUAUGCAAGUGUAUUUAAGGUGUGGGUUGUUAACUAGAGCAGACCAUACUCUAAUGAAAUAUAGAAAAAGUUUUCAAAAUAAACAGGCAUAUUGUGAUCAACAUAUUGAACUUUAUAAUGUACUUUUGGAAGCUUAUGCUUUUAAGAGAAAAAUUGGAAAAGUUUUAGAGUUAUAUGAUCUAAUUAAAAAAGACUCGUUAACACCAACACCACAAACUUAUACCUACAUAUUUGAUGCUUUAGGAAGAGAGACUACAAAUAAUAACAGAAUUGCAUUAUUGGAAAAAUUAAAUAGUGAAAUGAAUAGUUAUAAUAUAUCUUUUUCUGACAUCUUUAAUAAAUCAUGUUUGAAAAAUGAUCAGAGAAAAAAUGUAUUGAAACUAAUUAAAAUAUUAAUGCCACAUUUUGAGCCAUCUUAUACACAGAAGUGUACUAAAUAUAAAUGUCAACUUUUAAGUACAAUUCCACUGAAGAAUAAUUAUGAAAGUCCAGUAAAAGGACUAUUGACUAUUGAAGAAUUAAAAAAGCUUUUUGAAGUUCAGUUUGAAAAUGAAUGUACUAUUGAGGUGCAGAUACCAAGUAUUGAAGCAGAUGAGAAAAAUUUAAAUACUACUUCGACAUCGGUAAGAUAUCUAGAAAGCUAUUGGAAAAAGGCAGCAUUAGCAGCUUUUGAAAGGAACCUAAAGUGUUUAAAGCAAAAGGAGUGCCAAUUUCAUAACAAUUUAAUGGUUCUACACCCAUUUUUAGAAGUUUUGGAUAAGGAAUACUAUAUAAAUGCUAUAUUGCGAGAAAUUAGACAGAUAGCUAGAGGUUUAGAAAAUUAUAGUUCAUCUCUUAAAGGAUUAUAUAUCAAUUUAGGAAAAUACAUACAUAGAAAAUAUGAAGUACGAAAUAAAAUUGAAACUAAUAAAUGUACUGGAGUAUUGGAUAAUAUAGUUAGUGUCUACUUAAAGUAUCUUGAUUGGUACCAACACCCUGAAAAUGUGACACAUUUAAGUAAUACGAAUAAUCGUACCAUAUGGCAAUAUUAUGAACAUGAAAAAGUAAAAAAUGGUGCACCUUUACAUACCAUACCUUUACGUUGGCCUAUGGAUACAAUUAUAAAUGUUGGAAAAUUUUUAUAUAAUAUUAUAUUAAACGACAUAAUACUUCAAUCUGAUAUUUUAAAAGGACAAGAUUUAAAAUGUUCUAUUCCUGCAUUUUAUACAUUAUUUAGAAACAGUGGAACUUAUUUGUCAGAGCAGAUUAAGCCUCAUCCUUUUGUGUCAAAGUUAUAUAAAGAAUCACAUAUAAAAAGUAUAACAUUUGAUUCACUUGAAUUACCUUCUCAUAGUCCACCACGUCCAUGGGUAUCAAUAUAUUCAGGAGGAUAUCUCAUAACAAAAACAGAUUUUAUAAGAAUUCCAGAUCAUACUAAUGGUUCAUGGCGUAAGCUUCAAAAAGCAUCAUCAGUACAACUAUUUCCUGUAAUUGAUUCAUUAAAUCAACUUAGUUCUAUCCCAUGGAGAAUUAAUACUGUUAUACUCGACAUUGUAAUUAAGAUUUUUAAAAGUGGUGGUUCUAUAGAAUUAAAUGUUCCUCAAUCAAUUUCUGUAUUAUCUCAACCAUCUCCUAUAAGUAAAAAUGCUACUGCAGAAGAAAAACAGAAAGCAGCAAUAGCAUGGGCUCGAUAUAAGCAACAAAAGUUUGACAUGUAUUCUCUGUGGUGUGAUGCUCUAUACAAGCUAUCAAUUGCUAAUCAUUUCAGGAACAAAAUAUUUUGGCUGCCGCAUAAUUUGGAUUUUAGAGGAAGAGUUUAUCCAGUUCCUCCACAUUUAAACCAUUUAUCAUCUGACUUGGGUCGUUCUUUACUUUUAUUUGCAAAAGGAAAACCCUUAGGGCCAAAUGGAUUAGAUUGGUUAAAACUACAUGUUAUUAAUUUAACUAACUUUAAGAAGGGAAGUUCAAUUAAAGAACGUCUUAAAUAUGCAAAUGAAAAUAUGGAAAAUAUAUUGGAUAGUGCUGCUAAACCUUUAACAGGUAAAAUGUGGUGGGCACAAUCAGAAGAACCGUGGCAGACUUUAGCAGCGUGUAUAGAAAUAGCAAAUGCAUUAAAGACACCAAAGGUAGAAGAAUAUGUAAGUACGUUUCCAGUGCAUCAAGAUGGAAGUUGUAAUGGACUUCAGCAUUAUGCAGCACUUGGCAGAGAUCAAAUUGGUGCAGAAAGUGUCAAUUUAUAUUCAUUUGAUUCUCCACAAGAUGUAUAUGUGACAGUUGCAUCUGUUGUUGAAAAGCAACGACAAAUUGAUGCAAAAAAUAAUAUUAAAAUUGCACAAGUACUAAAGGGAUUUGUGAAAAGAAAAGUUAUAAAACAAACUGUGAUGACAACAGUAUAUGGUGUAACAAAAUAUGGAGCGAAACUUCAAAUAGCAAAGCAAUUGGAAGAUACAGUAAACUUUCCUAUGGAACACGUUUGGUCUGCCAGUAUAUAUUUAGCUGAUCGUACAUUUUAUAGUUUAAGAACAAUGUUCAAAAGUGCAAGAGAAAUUCAAGAUUGGCUUACAGCGUGUGCUCGAAUUAUUUCUUCCAUUUUUUAUGAAAAUGUAGAAUGGAUUACUCCAUUGGGUCUUCCUAUUGUACAACCUUAUACUAAACAAAAAUUUCAUAAAAAUUUUAUCAAAAACACUGAGAAACCUGAUACAAUGAAACAGAGAAAUGCCUUUCCACCAAACUUUAUACAUUCUCUGGAUUCCACUCAUAUGAUGCUUACUAGUUUACAUUGUAAUAAAGAAAAUGUUACCUUUGUCUCGGUACAUGAUUGCUUUUGGACUCAUCCUUGUACUGUAGAUACCAUGAACAGAAUAUGCAGAGAACAAUUUGUUGCUCUUCAUUCUGAGCCUAUUCUUGAAAAUUUAGCUGAUUUUUUUGUAAACCGUUACGUACAAAUUUAUGAGAAACAACCAAGUAAACUGAUUGAUGUAAAAGAAGUACAAGAAUUUUUAACGAGUGUACCAUCAAAAGGCACUUUCGAUAUUAAUAAUGUUCUGUCAUCUACAUACUUUUUUAAUUAA